AACUGUAUACACGCACAUAAUGUUGCUCCAAAGUUUAUUUUUAUUUUACUUGAGUUAAAAAACAUUAUUUUUUAUUUACUUCGGUUUUCUGUUGUGUCGCUAAUUGUGUGUGAAAAUGUUUUAUUAAGAAAAUGUAGUAACGUGCUGGACGAGUGAAACAAAUUGCGGUGCAUUCAAAAUCAGGCAUACAUUUGCUUGCUUUUGAAAGUUAUACUAUAAAAAUAUAUCAGUUUCAAUGACAGGCGAUUCGACGACGUCACGAUGUGGGGUAGAACAACAGCGACAACAGCGACUACCCCAACAUCCCAUCAAAACGGAUGAAAUUGAAAUUCUCGAAUCAGCUGGCGGUGAAGAUACACAGCCAGAUAAGAUGAUAUCCGGUUGGAUUUGCUGUGCACCAUGCAUCUGGCUUCGUACAUCCGCAACUGUUCACAAAAUUGCCAUUACAACCGCAACGUUGCUGGUUACGUCACUGCUGGUCGCUUCUCCCGUAUUGUUUUUACUCAGUACAGCCCCAUCACAAAUACCGAAAGACUGUUAUGCCAAAAAUCAAAUCGAUUGUGCGCCAACACGAUCGCCAGCCCCUGAGUGCCCCACACCCGAAUGUCAGUCAGCUGCAUUGAGCAUUUUAGCGCGAAUGAAUUGGAAAUUGGAUCCGUGUAAGGAGUUUCGCGAUUUCGGUUGUUCAUCAGCUGAAGGUAGUUUGAAAGCGAUAAAAAGUGCUCAAGAAAUUGUGGAUUUACAGAUGUUGAAACUGCUUACGCAAAACACAACAUCCGGUCUAUACAGGAAACUUGGUCGCCUUUACGGCAGCUGUUUGAGACAAACGGUUAACUCAUCGACCAUUCGGUUAAUAUUAGAUGAACUUGGCGGUUAUUUGCCGAUAGGUGCUAUCGGACCAUCCAAAAUAGAUACCCUAAUUUCGAAAAUUAUCCACGUGGGACCAAAUCCGUUAAUUUCGACUUACUAUGAUUUAAGCUAUGGAAAAAUGCCUCAAGUUAUGUUAGUGGUCGAUGGAUCGAUGGAAACAACGCCGGUGCUUCAAAAUCCAGUUCGCUGGACUGGACCGAAAGCAGCGCCAUUUUAUAUAAAGGAUGACUAUCCGGUUAUUAUUCACGAGCUGCUAGACAAUUUUUUGCCUAAAAGCAUGAGCAACGAUCACAAGCGGUUGGAAAAAUCGUCCAUUAUAAGAUUCAUCAAGGAAUUAAAUGGGAUUCGGAAGGAUCUUGCACGAAGAGAUUUUUCAGACAGCUAUGUAUUGUACAAUGUUUCUACAUUGGCCGCUGGAUAUCCCUAUCUGAAUUGGGUCGAUCUGAUUCCCGAAACAUGGUCAGGACCAAUUUUGCUACGAAGUGCUGAAUAUCUCAAAAGUCUACAGUAUCUGCUGUCGAGACAUCCCACUCGCGUGAUACAUAAUUCGUUGUUGGUGGCAUUCGCUUUGACAAUUUUACCGCCCGAAACGCCAAACACUUUCGUUUGCACCAAAGCCACAAUGUGGGCCAUGCCGGAGAUUUCGUCUGCUUUAUACGUUGCACAAUUUUCAGAUGAAGUGACUAAUGAUGUCAUCAACAGAGCUGAUUUGAUAUUCGAAGUACUCAAAGCUUAUUUGAAACGAGCACCAUCACUGAAAGGUGCAGCUCUGGUGAAGCUGUCACAGUUAAAGAUACAGGUGCAUCCAUGGCCAGCGUUAUCGAAUCAUACGAAAAUACUUGCAAUGUUGGACAAGGUUGAAAUCAAUUCGGACAAUUGGUUUGAGAAUAUCCUACAAAUUUACAAGUCACGCAAAAGUUCUCCGAACAACGAAGCGCUCGACGGUCCACAUACGGCUAUUUCUUGCAGAUGGGCCUAUCCGACUAUUGCCAAGAUAUUUUAUGACGGUUUAAGUCAUUCGAUAGUUGUUCCUCUGUCUGUUAUACUCGUACCAUACUUUGAUGCCCGACUUCCGUCUUACCUGCAUUUCAGUUCCGUGGGAGUGUCAAUAGCUAAGGAGAUUCUCCGUUCGAUAACGAAAUCCUUCGAAGCGAAAGUUAUGCAAUGUGUUCCUCCAACAGUCAACAUAUUCUCGAACAGCAGCCGAAUGGAUUUACUCAUUCAGUCUGGCGGCAUGCAAAUUGCUUAUCAUUCGCUUCUGUCGUUAACCGGACCUAACAAAGGAAUGAUUCGAUUACCCGGACUAAAUCUAACACCGACGCAAAUAUUUUUCCUUGUCACCGCACAAGAAGUCUGCACAGAAUCGGCCUACUUCGGAGUGGAUACAUAUUCGGAAGACUUUAGUGAUAUACUCGGAUGGCUAAUUGCUCAAGGCGGAAGUGCAACGGAAGUGUUUCAGUGUCCGUACAACAGCAUGAUAAACUCGCAAAAGAGUUGCAACGUUGGUUUGUAAGCAAUUCGAUCGAUCAAAUGAAAUAACAGAACUAUGUAACUUGACUGAGUAGACUCGUACGUUACGAGAGCUGGCAAGGGCUUUCGGGAAUAUUGCUACACACAUUUUCCCCGGUACAACACUUUUUUGCACACAAUAUCGACAAAACUAGAGCGUGAAUUGCUUAGUCAAGAACAUUAAAGUUAAAUUUAGAAGCACACACGGGGCAAAUCGUCAAUUAAAAAAAAACUAUUUUUAGAGCCGAUGUAAGUCUCUUACAAAACGCUUUGGCACAACAAAAUAGGAUAACAAAAUUGAAGAAUGCCAAGGGCUAACACUCUUACAUUGACAUUCAUAGAACUUCAUCAACGUCACGAAAUGAUUAUGCACCGCAAGUAUUCAAUGACGCAAAAACUACAGUCGGAUUUUACUUUGUAGGGCUUCUUUCUCCGUCCAUUCAAUCGUUUUUCAUGCCAUUUCUAAUUCAGUAAAUUUUACUUGACAUUAUAAAAUGCAGUGGAAUCAGAUCACCUAGACUAGAGGCUACGAUGUAUUUUGCUAUAGAAAAAGAAAAAAAAAAUGCCCACAGCUCGGUGCUGAUGAAAAUUACUAAUUUUUUGUAUACGAAAAUCAAUCCAAUUUUCCCUUCCCACCUUUUUGUGUCAAUUCUACACUACCACAAAAUAUUUCGUGAAAUUUCCAGAGAAAAUUUCUUUUUUGAAACAACGUUACACAGACCAAGGGAAGCGUGUAUGCAUAUCAAUCGCUCAUAAAGCCACGCUUUGCCAUAACACGCUACAUGAAAAUUUUGUUGUACGGCAUUUGUUCUUUAGCCUGGUGUAUAUCGCUGCCGUCAGAUCCUAGAUCAUCAAAACUGAACCAUCUCCGGUGUGCUACGGCUGCAUCGCUGCAUACAUGUACUAGGCUUUCCAUCAUUACGGCCCUUUUAUCCCUUUUGGUAGGAAAUGGGAUUUCCACUUGGAAAUUAAUCUCAAAAUACUUUGUAUGGAAAAGUUAUUCAAAAUUUUUAAACUUUAAAUAAACUUUUCCUAACUAGUGUUAAAAUAUCGCGACUUUGUCCAACGCACGAUUGAAUUAAGCAUGAGUGAUACUCUAACUAGAGUACUGAAACGGGACAGUGUAUCGAACAAAUUUUAACACUAACACUAAAAAAAUCUGGAAACAUUUUUCAUACAAAAUAGUACGCUAUUUGGAAGCUGUCACUUGAAGCACUUUUGCGUUGUUUCGCUGAAUAAGCAUUUUAGCAUGCGUUAGGAAAAUUACUAUACAAGUGAACAUAGCAAAUAGGCCUGUUCCGAAUAACCGUAAACCCGAAUUUCCACUGGCCGAACGAACAGUAUUUCAUCAUUAAAAAUAUUGAUGAGGUUAUGUCUAUAUGGACGAAUUUUGACAAUUCGUAUGGCCUUCAAACAGACCUAAUAUUUCAAACCGUGGCCUUAUGAGCGACUGAUAUGCAAUAUGCAUACAAUUCUUGGUCUGACGUAUUUUUUUCGGUGAAAACGACCGUACGUACGAGUCUUUUUAUAUAUUAUUUAACGGCAUAUUAGUACACAAUCAAAAAUGUAUAAUUAAAAGAGAAGGUAAAAAGUUCUGCAAAAUAAUCAAUAGCCUUAACUUGAUAAUGUCAAUAGUCUAUAUAUUAUUAUAGCAGCUGAAGAUAUUUGUAUAGAUUUUAUGGUAAGCAAUCAUUGAUUAAUAUUUAAUUUCUAACUGAAAAUGGUUAGUUAUAUAAAUCGUUGAACUAUUUAAAGAAAAAUCAAUUACGUAAAUAAUAAAAAAAUAAUAAUGAAAGAGCAAUAGGUUAUAAGUAAGCGCUAGUGAAAUUAUAGGAUCGGCCCAAGACUACUUAAAUCUGUGAUGAAUGAUGCAUAAAAUUAAAUAUUUGUUUAUAUGAAAGAACUAUUGAACUUGUACAUUGGUCAGGUAAAACAAGUUAAGAUGUUGAGGAAAAUGAGAAAAAGAAAUAAGUAAAAAAAGGACCGCUAAACGGUCAUUGAAUGUACUUUAUGGAUUCAUUCAUAUCAACAUCCACUACAUACCUCAAUUAAACGUUUCCAAAAUGGAUAGAGGUAAACGGAAGAGAUAUAACAUACGGUGGUACUGACGGUUUCUUUACACAAGGUUAUAAGUUACCGAUGCUCAACUUAGCGGAAAUUGACACCGCGUUUCAGGUAGAAGGAAUUUUAUUUUGAAAUGCCAGGCAUCUUUAAAAAAAUCGAAUCUCUAGCGGUGCUCAGAGAUUUGAUAUGCCCUUUUUUCUUAAACAUGUUACCAAAAGUUUCUUGAAAGCAAACAGACCAUUCAACAUACAAGUGUUUUUCGCAUUCCUUUCCGCGAAGUAUUCUAUUCCUUUAUUUUCAUACUGUUAGCUAAAUAUAACUGUAUGCAGAGUAUUUUUUGCUAAAACCUCUUCCCAUAAUUUUCCAUAUUUUUUCACUAAUUUAGAAAAAUUUGGAAAAAUUAGAGAAAAUUAUAGGAAAACCUCUUUCCAAAAAUAGACACUGACUUCGUCUGCUCUCCAUUAAAUAAAAUAAAAAUAAAUAAAAUUAAACAUGAGUAGCAAAUGCUUUAAUGUGAUUGACUAAUUCACACAUAAGUCCGCCAAAAAUUUAAAUAUUUUCAAUUGACAAUUGAACAAAAUAUGGCUGAAUUCAUGUAGCAAAUGUCAAAAACUGUGCGUCAACCAUGCCCCGAUACGCGUUAUGUUUUGAAAUGGAGUGUGCUCUUACGGUUUGAAUUUAUUUAGGAUUAGUAUCGCCACCAGUGUCACCGUUGCAUAUAGCUCUACCAUUGAUUUUGUAAAUAAUUUAUGCUGAAACUUGCAGAAGCAUUCAAAAUGUUGACGAUCAUGAUGAUCAUGAUCGAAAACAGAAUGAAUAAUAUAAACUACGUAUAUUUGACAAAAUAUUAUAAUAAAAAACCAAAGAACAAUACACUUAACCACUUUAUGCCUCCUAAAUGAAUGCCUAAAAUUCUUACAAUUUUUUUUUUUUAAUAAGAAGUUACUUCGAUAUUUUCAAUUUAUUUUUGUUACAAUCAUCUUAUCAAUUUUGUAUAUAAACAGACGAUUUACUGACGGUUGUAGUAACAAUUGUUUGUUUGACUCAACAGUUUUGCGUUAAUAACAUUCAAACUGUUUGAUGCAAAAUUUAAAGUCAUGCAUGAAAUCUACUCACUAAACAAAUAAAAAUAUUGAACAAUCAGUAGUACGCUGUAAUGUAUCCUACGCUGGAGCCGUUGCGGCGUUGUCUAUGUUUGAUGAUUGUUCUGUAUAGAAAUCUUUUCUUAAAAAUAAAGCGACAAGAAGUUUCUUCCCAAUGAAUAUGCAAAAAAAGGACAUGUCACAAUAGCGAAUUAUAAGAAAAAUGAAAUUACAAGCUUUUUUUGAUAGUUUAAAACAUGAAACAUCGUAUGCUAUAUAGACUACAUUUCAGAGUACUACUAAUUGCUCUUGUAAUAAUUAAAUGUACAAGCUACCUUGGUCGACAAUCGUGUCUACUUUUCAUAAUUGAAGCUAUUCUUUCGAAGCCUUCAGCAUGUGAAAUCCAUUGCAAUACUAGCGAUUUAUAAUGGAUACCACGCGAUUAUUUACCUCGGCCUCCGAUCCAAAACUGUAUUUUUUUAAAUCUCUAAAUCAUGUAAGGUGUGUAUGUAACAUUUAGGCGAGGGGACACGAUCCGAGAAAUUGUUCUCACAGGGUUUCACAGGAAAAUGCAGACCCUUGGGUUUUCCCGAGUCGUUUCUCCCUCGAUUGCAGGUCAUUGCUGGAAAAACGAAAAACGCUUAAAUUUUGUUAACAAUGUCGCGACGCGUAACAUGACCUAAUUAUGCUAAUUUUAACAAACCAAUUUCAAAGAAUUUUACUUCUACUUUAUUGAAUUCUGAAAGUUUUUAAUAGAAGUCAAUGUUACAUAGAAACUUGAUAGGAUUUUUAAAUACGAAUCAUUUUCGCAUUUAGCUGGACGGUUGUCUGUAGCAUCAGAGACUCUGGUAUUUCCAAGCCCCAUCAUACAAAUAACUUGAUAAAACUUUGUUUGAGAGUUUAGUCAAAUUUAGGCAUGUGAAAUACUUUCAUUGAAAGGUUUAAAACAUUUCUGUUGGGUGGUAAGUUUUUUUUUGCAAUGUUAGAACUUUCACAGCAGAUCGGUUAUAGGAACAAAUCGAGGAAAAAAUUGUUUGCAUGAACAAAUUGAUAUUUUAUUAAAUUUUUCAAAUUAAUGAUCAAUAAAUUGUGCGGGGAAAGUGAGCCGAAAUAUUUGAGGUAAUUGAACCUCCAUGUAGGUGGAAAAGAUUUAUUCAAAUUACACAUUCUGAAUGAAUUUCUUUUCAAUCCAGCCAAAACUACCAAACCAAAUUUUUAUUAAAAACCCGCUAUUUUUUAGCUAAGGCUAAUUGUUAUCUAACAGGGAAGUUUGUGGUAAAGAAGCUUCGUAUGCAUAUAAGUCGAUAUUUGUCAUUUAACAGAUUCUUUGGCUCUGCCCCAAAGACUGAUUAAUGAGUAAUAGUGUCGUUGUCGCUGCAGCUAUUUUAUUUAACAUAAAGUUUACAUAUUACGAACUGGUACUGAAGAAAAUUUAAUUUGAAAUGACUAGAGUCUUAAAAUGGAAUAACGUAAUAAUCAAUUCGGCUAUAGAAAUUUAGAAAUUAGCGAAUUAGAAUUGUGGUAAUUACACUUGCUAGUGACUAAAAAAAAAUAUUUAGUGAAAGUAUUGGAUAAAGGUAGGCACCAUUCGAAGUUUAGGUAAAAUUUAACAUAAUAUGAAAGAGUGAAUUUAUUGUUUGCGGAAAUUUAAGCAAGGUGUUCCAGCAAAAACAAACUUUGCAUCUGGGACCUUCUGAUAUUUGCUAUUCCAGUAUGUCUUUUAAUGAAAAAUUUCUAUUUUCUAAUCUAUUUUUCCUUGAUUCUUAAGUAAUGAUUCUGAUUCUCUGUGUAAUCAAUUCUUGAAUCUCAAAAAUUCGUUGGUUGCUUAUGCUACAAGAACCUCCAUCAUAAAUUGAUUAAUUUCUGAAUGAACAGGAAAAGGAACUAGUGUAAACUAUAAAGCUAUUAACAGUCAGCAGCGUCUUCUUAUCUGUUUUCUAAUCGAGAAAACUGAGAUUUCAUGAAUUUGUGAGAUUUUUUUAGCGAUUUUAUAUUCGACCGAUGAAAAAAUUCAACCUUAUCGAUAAAAAAAUAAAAUAAAAAUAAUAAAUGCCCGAUAUAAUUAUCGUCCUUAUCGGGUAAAUGUUUCGAUGAGAUAUUUUAUGAAAUGAUGGUCCAAAAAGAAUGCCUUUAGAAACGACAAGCACCACUGAAUUGAAUCUGUUACUUCUUUUGUUUACUUUAUAUAUUAACCAGAGGUCAUUGUUUAUUUUUCUCAUUGCUGACAAUAACGAAAAGCCGUUUCUGAAUCGUUAACAAAAUGUGAGGUGAGGACGAUAUUUCAAGAAAAUUACAUCGGUGGGAUUAGAAAAUGUGUCGAUUUCGAUCUAAGUCAUGCUAUUCUUUACACAUACAAUAUCGAUGUUACAAUAAUUAUUUUCCUAUCGUAUGUUAAAAUGCUUUUUUAGCGAAUGAGAUCCAGCCAGAGCCAGAGGUGAGCGCUGGAAUCGAAUUAGCUAAAAGGCCCUUUAGCAUAAGUUAAUUGAGUUCCAAACCAUGAUUUUAUUUCGAUAAAGAAAAUUAUUGUGAGCAAAAAAUUAUUCUACAGAAAAACGUUUUUGUUUUUUUUUUAUAAAGAAGGGUCAUUUGCCAAAUAAAGGAGGACAUUUUGUUUACAUCUUUGCUAAAUAUCCCUAUACUUUUAUAGGCGGAUCGACAUAACUUCGUCUGAAUAAAAAAGAUGGCGCAUGUUGAAAAAAAUGUCUGACUUCGCUUAUUUUCUUAAUUUUUUACGAUACUUUAUUAAAUUAAAAACAAAUUAUGCAAAAUUUCGCUGUAUAAUACAAUACAAAAAUGUUUUAAAUAACUUUCGGCAUCGAAAUAAAAUAAAAAAUGAUUUUAUUUGGAACUUAAUUGGAGCUUAUCCUUUCCGUGUAUUAAUAGUUUGUAUAAUUUUGUCGGAUGUAAAAGAUUUUAGUGAAAAUACAAUUAAGAAUAAAAAAAAAUAUAAUCAGCUGGUCCGGCCAAAAACAUACAUGUCAAUUUGAGUCAAUUUCCAAGUCAAUCCAGUUUGCCGAACUCAAACAGUUUCCGGUCAUUAAGACCGUAACAUGAACGACACUUCAACACGAUGUCUAUUUGAGUGGCAAUUUCAUACAGAAUAUUUCUAACAUUUUGAAAAAAAAAAUUGGUAUAGUGAAGAAUUACUAUAUAAUACGUUUGAUCGGGUCAUAUCUCAAUCAAUGUGACUACAACGACAUCAUUAUUUUUUCUACCUCCAGAAAAUAACGAAAAAAAAGAGGAAAAGCCACACCGACGAAAUCGUGCGCAAAAUUUUCGUUCACAACGCAAAUCCUCCAGAGAUUUGGUAUCUAGGUAUAUGAUUGUAGAAAGUAAUUGUUUGCUUUAAAAAAAAGUUUUGUGCAUAUAAUAAAAAUGACAUAACAGCAUGACUUCUAUGUCGGGGGGUAAAACGAGAAUAUUUCGAAAUGUUUCCAUAAUAUUUGUGUUCGAUAUUUUCAAAUCAUUCGAUUGACUAUUAUAGAACACCGUCACUCAUUCAAUUGUGUUCCUGAAGCAAUUUAUUUGUAGAUAAAAAAGAAAUUAAACGAAAAUAAGUGCUGCAAUAUUCUAUUCAAUGGAAAGAAAGUUUAGCAAAAAAUAAAGAAAUGAAUGAAAUGAAUUCAAAAGUAAAUGAAUUAUAAAACAUAAAAAUCAUUAUGUGAUAGAUAUGAAAACACUAGUGACUUUUCGAAUAGCAAUAAUUACAAAAUGAAACUUAAAAUUUAAACAACCAAAAAAAUUGAACAAAAAUACUUAGAACUUCAGUGUUUCAUUGACAAAAGGAAAAAUAAAUAAUUCCCAUAACUUAACGUGAUUGUAAAGGCUACAUUCUCUCAUCUUAAAACAAAUUAUAUUACGAAUGUUAAAAUGAAUUGCAUUGAGAAUGAGUUUAAAUAACUUUAUUUUAGUGAUUGAAAUUAUAGUAACACACUGUUUUCACAACAAAACAAAAAAA